AUGUUUGUAGCGGAGGCGAAGACAAGAAUUAAUCCGCUUCGCGAUGAGCUCGAACUCCCUCCUCAGGCUCUCUUCUUGACGCUCUCGGCACACAUCUCUGGAGCGAGCGGCGUCCUACCGAUAAUCUCGAUCGCCAUCAUGAACACUCACUUCAUUACCAUCGUGGAAGAAGCGCACAUCACUGACCCAGGCGGCCCAGCAAGUCAGCACCGCCUGGGACUGCAGCAACCAACGCGACUGGACUGUACCCACUUACGUAAGUCUACGAUGGGUGAGGGUUCCUCCCCGAGGGGAGGUCGAAGGCGGGAGCCAAGAAGACCAUCAUCGGUUUGGUCGCAGGCGGGAUUUGUCAUGUCUGCGGGUGGCCUUCUCGGAGUGGUGAUGUCGGUAGUAUAUUACCGAGCGCUAGGCCCGCCGCAGUUGUGGCUCGACAGCACUGCUGGGCGUCGUGGAGGUGGGGGCUGGUGGUACCGGGACGUCGAUUCGGGGAGGAGCACAGACAGGCGUCUCGUGAGAAGUCAAGGAUCGCUGGGAGGGGACACGCGGGCGUACUUCGACUACCUCUUGGUGGUGUUCUCUGGGGACGAUACCGACGCCUUGGCAAAACGGGAUUACAUGCGAAAGAUGUACGGCACGUACGGAGGACAGAUCUUGAUAACAGACGAGCGGGGGCAGGCGUUUAUCUACACGUUCAAGGUGUUGUAUGUGGUGGGACACCCGGGGGCGGCGGACAUGGGAGAUCUCAUGGACGAUGUGCUGUUCGUCAAGGUGGAAAAGGGCUACCGAAACAUCGCUGCCAAGACAAAGAAGAUGCUGGAGGCAGUGAAGCACGUCCGAUUCAAGUACCUCCUGAAGGCAGACGACGACACGUUCGUGUGCCUGCGGCGGACGGCCUCUCAGAUGCACCUCGUACCAGCACACAUCAAGCCAAAGGUCUACGGAGGUAUUCCGACGGCCUGCCACCUGCCGAACAACCCGGAUGACGAGGUGGGCAAGGUCAUCGUCGACAUGGACGAGAAGUGGUACGAUGGGAAGUACCUCAACCACACGAUGAACGGCCUCGACUGCUACCCCGUCUACAUGCAGGGAGCGUUCUACAUCCUCAGCUAUCCGCUCGUAGAGUUCCUCAACCAGGGGAGCUCCAAGCUGCUAACCUUCGACAACGAGGACGUGACGAUCGGGCUGUGGCUGCACGGCGUGGACAGGGCGAUAUUUCCCCUCAACGAUCUGCGGGACGCGAGGAUGUGGGAGUGCUCCUGCAAGCGGCCGAACUUCAACCCGGGGGGCGACGCGAACGUGUUUUUCCACGGCUGCAAGGGCAUGGACGACCUGCGAGGUUGUAAGGCGUCGAUGCCAAUGUGCUGAGCAAGCAAACGGGGCUGGCAGCUGGCUAUGGUGUUUUGCCCUUGCUUUUGUUUGGGCGGACGACGCCGGGAGAGGAUGCCGCAAGAGGUUGGCCUGGGGGGGGGCGGGGGGAGGGUGCAAUCCGCCCGGGCUGGCUGAAAGUUGUCGGUGAUGUCCUGGUGUUGUUGUUAAGUGUAGUGUGAUGAUAACGUGAUGGUUUGUGCCGGUGAUUUGUCAAAAUAUUAAUAUUAUGCUGUCCAAAGCUAAACGGGAGAGGUCUAGGGUGUGCGUGUGCGUGUGCUUUUGUUUUGUGUUGUGUUGAAUGUUUUUGUUUGGCGUGCUUAGUUUCGUCGGUAGUCAUCCUGUUUGAUUCCUGGGAUUCUUUUUUCUGCGUUAGCCUCGCGCUCCGUUUUCUGUGGCUCUGCUUGAAGCGAUUGAAACGCUGAAUUCCCUGUUCAAUGUACAACACAUUCCUGUCAUUACUUCUCGCCCUGGUGCACAUAUGGCACGAGACAUGAAUACAAUCGUUAUGUACAGGUUACAGAGAGUGUUUUACGCCCCGCGGCUCGGCACGUUCCAUGACGUCCUCCGAGGAUGGUUGCGCCAACACGUUUGGAUGGUUGGCUU